AGACCCGCGGCCGAGGCGAGGGGUCCGGGUACGGCAGGCCAAAUCCCUGCGGGAAUAAACCUUGUCCCUGGGCCGGCGGCCAGUCCCUGGGGGCUGCGAGGGGCCCCGGCAAGGCCGCAGGGCCAGCGGGAAUCUGGGUCACCGGGAGCGUAAACAGCUCCUUGGCCGGCGAGGCGCGUCCCGCGGGGAGCUCCCGUUUGCUCGCCGCCCCUGCCAAGCCCGCUCCGCUCGGCGAUGCUGCGCGAUCCUUGAACCCUGCGCGCCGGGAGCGCUCUCCGCGCUGGCUUAUCUCCGCGGAACUGCCCCUCCGGCAUAAAUAGCGGCCGCGGAGCCCCGGCCGCUCAGACGGGACGAGCAGCAGCGGCAGAGAGAGCUGGUCCAUCGCGAAGAUGAGAGCCGUGGUGUUGACCCUCGCCCUGCUGUGCCUGACGGGCACCCAGGCCCGCUCCUUCUGGCAGCACGAUGAGCCCCAGGCACCCCUGGAUCGCCUCAAGGACAUGCUCGAUGUGUACCUGGAGACAGUGAAGGCCAGCGGCAAGGAAGCCAUUGCCCAGUUCGAGGCCUCCACCGUGGGCAAACAGCUGGACCUGAAGCUGGGCGAGAACCUCGACACCCUGGGCGCAGCCGCCGCCAAGCUGAGAGAGGAUGUGGCCCCCUACUACAAAGAGGUGCGGGAGAUGUGGCUGAAAGACACCGAGUCCCUGCGCAAGGAGCUGACCAAGGACCUGGAGGAGGUGAAGGAGAAAAUCAAGCCCUUCCUGGACCAGUUCUCUGCCAAGUGGACGGAAGAUCUGGAGCAGUACCGCCAGCGCCUGGCACCUCUCGCCCAGGAGCUGAAGGAGCUGAGCAAGCAGAAGGUGGAGCUGCUGCAGCAGAAGCUGACCCCGGUGGCCGAGGAGGCGCGGGACCGUCUGCGCGGGCACGUCGAGGAGCUGCGCAAGAACGUGGCCCCCUUCAGCGAUGAGCUGCGGCAGAAGCUGAGCCAGAAGCUGGAGGAGAUCCGGGAGAAGGGCAUCCCCCAGGCCGCUGAAUACCAGGCCAAGGUGGUGGAGCAUCUCAGCAACCUGCGGGAGAAGAUGACGCCCCUGGUGCAGGACUUCAAGGAGCGCCUCACCCCCUACACCGAGACCCUCAAGGCCCGUUUCCUCACCUUGCUGGAGGAUCUCCAGAAGACCGUGGCUUGAGCUGCCGGCCGGCGCGGCCAGGGACUGACCCCAGCCCCGCUCCGCAGCCGCCCCGGGUGCUCCCUGCCCUGCCCCGGGCACUUCUCCUCAGGGGGCUCUGGGGACAGGCUGCAGGAGCCCCGGGCCAGCCCAGCCCUAGGGUGUCCUCCCCGGAGACCCCCUCCUCCCCUAGAAUUCCCUCCCCGACCCGGCGUCACUCUCAGCUUUGCCUCCCUUUUGACAAAUAAACUUGACUUAAGUUAUUGGA